GUAAUACAGCACUUUUUUUAUGAUGAGAACAUGACUAUUCAUUUGAUCUAAUCAUUGCACAUUGUACUUGUGCACACGAUCAAUUUUCAGAUAGAAAAAAAUAACAUUGUGAUUUGUUUGCAAACAAUCAAUUGAUACGAUUUCUUUCUUCUCUAUCUUUACCUCUACUAUUUCUAAUUGUCAAUUCACCAAUCAACGGCUCCGUAUUGCCUCGGUAGCAUUUGGCUAGCUCUGCGUCAUCUGAGUAAAGGUACUCGCUCAACUCCCAGGAUAUCACGAACGCGGGGAGAAAACUCAACAAUUGUUCAAAGAUUGUAAAGAUUUCAAUAUCGCCAACGACAGCUAAUGUUAGACGGAAAUCCUCGAUAAUCGAAGGGGUUAAGAUUGUAUUUUAGGGGCCCUAGGGCCAAAGGGAUCAAACAAGAUGUCGUGGAAGACAACUGAGAUGUUGAUGGACACCAUCAAACAUUAUUCACAUUUCCCAGCUACGGGUGUGAGUCUGAGGCAGAUGGUACAAUUCGGAGAGAGGCCAUCUACAGGUACACUUUUCCGAGCAUCACAAUUCCUCUCCGAAGAACUUCCAAUACGACUUGCGCAUCGAGUGCAAGAACUAUCAGACUUACCAGAUGGCCUCAAUGAGAUGCCCUCGAUCAAGAGGGUGAAGGAUUGGUAUGCACAGUCAUUUGAGGAAAUCACCACACUCCCUCGACCACAAUUAUCAUCAGAUGUUAAAGAAAGACUUAUGAAGCCCGCGAAAAUUAAUGGGAAGCCAUCCAAGAUACUUGCAGAAGCAACACAAAACCCGAGCGUAAUGAGGGGGCAAUACAGCUCCAAUGGAAAUGGAAAAAAAGAAUCAAAGUCGGCAGCAGCAAGAAGAUAUUUUGCCACAGUAGAAGAUAGUACGGACUGGCCCCCCGAACUUCACGAUUAUAACCAAAGAUUCGCACAAACCCUUAAUCAUAUAAAGAGGCGGCACGACGGAGUUGUCACAACCGUCGCGCAAGGAAUACUCGAAUAUAAGCGGAAACGGCAACGCAUGCAGAUCGAUAAUAAUAUCCAAUCCUUCCUCGACCGUUUCUACAUGUCCCGUAUCGGCAUAAGAAUGCUCAUUGGACAACACAUAGCACUCACAGAUCAAAGUCACGACAAAGAUCCUAAUUAUGUAGGUAUUAUAUGUACGAAAACCAAUGUUCGAGAUCUUGCGGAAGAAGCAAUCGAAAACGCUAGAUUUGUCUGCGAAGACCAUUACGGACUUUUUGAUGCGCCAAAGAUUCAACUCGUAUGCCCUCCAAACCUUCAUUUCAUGUAUGUACCCGGUCAUCUCUCGCAUAUGCUCUUUGAAACUCUCAAAAAUUCACUUCGAGCUGUUGUCGAAACACAUGGACAGGACAAACAAGAUUUUCCCGUCACAAAAGUCGUCGUUGCGGAAGGCAAAGAGGAUAUUACUAUCAAAAUUUCAGAUGAGGGUGGCGGAAUACCUAGAAGCUCUAUACCUUUAGUUUGGACCUAUAUGUAUACGACUGUGGACAGUACACCCAGUCUAGAUCCAGAUUUCGAUAAGAGCGAUUUCAAAGCUCCAAUGGCAGGAUUUGGUUACGGUCUCCCAAUUUCAAGAUUAUAUGCUAGAUAUUUUGGAGGAGAUUUGAAGUUGAUUAGUAUGGAGGGUUACGGAACAGAUGUAUACCUUCAUCUAAACCGACUUUCCUCGAGUUCGGAGCCUCUCCAAUAACAAUCAGCAGUCAUGAGGGAUACCUGGAAAACACAGUCUUCUCCCGACAUUGGCGGGGCGCGAGCAAGGGGAGGAGACGGUAUAUCCCGAGGAUUGACGCUGGGUCUAGGACAUAAGCAAAUGAAUUUGAAAUUAGGCAAAGGAAUGGGGAUGCGAGAGGUUUCGGAACGGAAACAGGUUGGCGAUGCGGAAAGUAUGAUUAAUGAGGGAAGAGGAGGAAGUGGAAUGGAAGGAGUCUUUAUGGGUGAAGGGGGAGAGGUUUAGAGGAAGAGAAGAGAAGAAAGAAUACAGGGUUGUAGACAAGAAAAGAGGGGUGAAAACUUGUGGUGAUACUAGACUGAGGGGUUUAGAUCGGACGGGAUGGAAUAGUGGAAGAAAGAGAAAUUAUGGAGUUAGUUGGAGACUUUUGUAUAUAUUUGGAUAUGCGCAACAUUGUGUUUAUAUCCCUUUCAUCAUGAAACGUGGAUGAUCUCGAAACCUCGAAACUUGAGAGUGAGAGUGAGAGCGAGAUGCGCACGAGGAUGAGGAUGAGGUUUGGGAUGAAGUUGAUUGGUUGGUUGGCUGGCUGGCUUAAUUUAUAUGUUAUGUAUGUAGGUAUGGUAUGGUAUGAUAGGUAUCAAUUAUGAGUAAAGUAAAGUAAAGUAAAUGAGGAGAUGAGAUAAUGUGUGAUGAGAUAAUAUAUAAUGAAAUGAUUUAGAUCGGAUGAGAUUGGAUUGGGUUGGUAUAUAGAAAGAGAAGCGAUAGCUACAACUAGUUAUAGGUACCUAGUGAGAUUGAUAUUAAUAUAUAUAUAUAUAUAUACA